AUGGCCCCCGCGGCUUCGUCCCCCGACGAAGGGCGGGAAUCCGCGCAGGGGCGGAAGGGCCGGCGGCGCGUGCCGGCCGCGGCGGUGGAAGCGGCGGCGAUGGCGGCAAAGGCCGCGCAAGCCGCCGCGAUGGCCGCAGAGGCUGCUGCUGCCGCCUCGAAGGAGGCUGCUAGCGCUGCCGCUGCUGCCGCCGCUGCGAUCGCGGAGGAGACGGACAGUGACUGUUGGGAGAGUGACUGUGUGGGGGAAGAAGCGGGGAAGGGCGCCACAGGAGGAGACGGACGCGACACGGGAGCGCGCGUCCAGGCGGCAGUGACAGGCGGCGGGGGGGCCAAGCGCAGCGAAGCGGUAGCUUGCGGGGAAGGCAGGGAUACGGGUGAUGAGGAAGCGAGAAGGUUGGCGGAAGAGAGCGCAGAGACAGUGAGGGCGGAAGCAGAGGACGGAGCGGGGGCAGGCACAGUGGGGGACAGUGAGGUCGCAACGGCGCGGCAGGGGGAAAUGAGUGAUGGUGAGGCGGGGACGAGGGCAGGGGAAGAACCAGGCACGGAGGCCGGGGGCCGCGGGCAGAAGGCGCAAGGAAAGUAUAAGCGACUGUCGCCCCGGCCCGUGAUUGUAGAGAGAAGAGGGUUCUCAGGUGCGCGCGCGAUACAGUCACCCCCUGGUGCAAGCGCCACCAUGGGCAACGAGGAAGCGGGGGCGGAGAGCGGACGUGUGCGCAGCGGAAUGGGCCAACAGUCGCCCCAGGAGCGAAGGGGGAUGGAGAGGGGGGAGGAUGGAGCGGAGGAGAGCAGGGUGGGGCCUGGGGCGAUGAACGGUGGAGAUGCAACCGAUGGCAGCGAGGGUGCGGACGAGAUGGCGGCUGGGGAUACGGGGGGUCACGAGGAGUGGGAACAGGCGGAGCAGAAGGGGCAGGGGGAGCAGCGAGCGCCGUUCCCCUCGCCCCAUUCCCACGCUGAACCGCGCCUGCACGCUGCACCCCCCGCUGCCAGGCCCCUCGACGCGUCUUCUCCGCGAGCCCACUCACCCCGGCGCCUGUCGCCCUCGGCGCGAUCACCCCAUGCCACGUCAUCUCCGACGGCCGCAGGCGCAGGCACCCGCGCAGGGACCCGCGCAGACACCCGCGCUGGCGGCCAGUCGGGGACAGGCAGCAGUGGCAGCGAGGGCGAGGAGUAUCACACCCCGCACAGCACCCCUCCCCCGCCCACCGACAGCCUCCCCUCCGCGCUGCAGCGCGCGCAGCAGCUGGCGGGGCUCCCCUUGAGCCCGUCGCUCGAGGCGUACCUUAUUGACGCGCGCGCCGACCACGCCGCGGACGGCUCCUGCGCGGAGCCUCCGGAGGCGCACGACACGGGGGAGAGCAGCGCGGAGUGCGGCGCGGAAAACGGCGAGGACAUCCCUCCCGUCGAGGACGGUCCCCUCGCCGCCCCCAGCAGGCCCCCCAAGUCACCCAGGCCGGAGCGCGCGCUCUCCCCCCUCGCUGCACGGGGCGCGCGGCAGGCACGCGCGCGCCAGGCGCCUGCGCGCUCGCCGCGGUCGCCCAGAACGAGAGCGGUGAAGGACGGUGCGUGGCGGUGCAAGUCCAUGCAGGAAGGCUCCUCCAACCCCCCCAGCGCCGCCAGCGCCAGCCGCGCGGGCGGGUCUAGCGCCGCUGCUGCCUCCGCCGCGCGCCCUGCCGCGCGCACGCGGUCCUUCCGCGAGCAGUCGCCCCGCGGGACGCUGAGGGGCGCAGGCGGAGGGGGGAGGGUGCUGCGCAAGGCGGGGUCAGAGCCAGAGGAGCGGGGGGGCGCGGGGGAGGGGGGUGGGGGAAGCAGAGGGGGCAGGGGCGCGCGGGGCGGGCAGGUAUGGUCGCAGGCGCGGCCCAAGUCGCCGAGGGAGGCGCUGCGGUCCCCAAGGGCGCGCUCCAAGUCGCCCACUGACGGGCUCAGGUCGCCCAGCGACGGGCUGCGCUCCCCCUGCGCUGCAGGCAGGUCCCCGCGCCCCCUGCCUUCCCCCAACGCGGGGCUGCCGGGGCGAGACGUGGGCGCGGGGGAGAGGGCGGGAGGGGGGAGGAGCAGGCAGGUGCGGAAGGUGAGCAGCUGGAGUGGCCCUGGAGGGGCGGAGGGCGCGGGCGGGGGAGAGGGGGACGCAGAGGAGACAGGGCGACGCACAGGCGCAGAGAGCAGAGCAGGGGGAGGGGGAGGAGGAGCGGGGCGGGGAGUGGGGCAGGGCGGGUUGGGACAGGCGGGAUCGGCGUCGUUCUCAGCAGGGGGGGCGCGGGUGGCGGAGUUCAUACUGGGGCGCGCAUACAGGGACGUGGGGGAGGCGUACGAGGUGGGGGGCGAGCAGCUGGGCGUGGGGCAGUUUGGGGUGAUCCGUGCGUGUGUGAGCCGCAGCACGGGGCAGGUGAUGGCGUGCAAAGCCAUCAGUAAAGAGCGCAUUCUGGCACAGGAGGAUGCGGAGGACGUGGCGAAGGAGGUGCGCGUGAUGCAGCAGCUGAGGGGCCACCCGCACAUCGUCAAGAUCCACCGCGCCCUCGAGGACUCCCAGCACGUGCACAUCAUCAUGGAGAUCUGUCGGGGCGGCGAUCUCUUCGACCGCGUCAAGGCGGGCGGCAGACUGAGCGAGCGCAGUGCGGCGGCCAUCACGGAGCGGGUGGUGGAGGCGCUGCUGUGGUGCCACGAGAAGGGCGUGGUGCACCGGGAUGUGAAGCUGGAGAACAUUCUGCUCAAGCAGCGCGGGCAUGACACUGACAUUCGCCUCACUGACUUUGGCAUGGCCGCCGAGGUCCGCCCAGGCGAGGUGCUAACGGAGCUGAUAGGCACGCCCUACUACAUGGCUCCUGAGGUGCUGGCGGGCGCAUACGGGCCCGAGGCGGACAUGUGGAGUGCGGGCGUGGUGCUCUACAUCCUGCUGUGCGGCCUGCCGCCCUUCUACGCCGCCUCCAACGACGGCAUAUUCGACGCCAUCCGCACCAAGGACGUGCAGUUCAAGGCGCCCAAGUGGCACGGUGUGAGCAGCGGUGCCAAGCAGCUGAUCAGCAGCAUGCUCGAGAAGAACCCCCGCGAGCGCAUCACAGGAGAGGAGGUUCUUGGUGAGUGGCUGUGGUAG